AUGUACCAAACGAAAGUAACCGAUCAUUUAAACCUUUUAACUGGAGAAGUCCACAGAACUUAUAGCAUAAUGCAGAACCCGAAGUUCACUCUCGCAGCUUUACGAACCAAAGAACCCAUCGUCUGUCGGGUUAGAGUUGUAAUGUCAACAGGCUCUGCAAAUUUUCGAGUGGCGCGGUUAUGUCUGUCUGAUCAGCUCAAGUUAGAAUCAUUCUCCCGCACUUGCUUACUAUGGCCUAGUAAAGCACAAUUAUAUCUUGAAGUUUCUUGCACCAUAGUAUUAACUGCAAAACUAGAAAAUAUUGUGAGUAUAACCCAAAGUAGGGUCCCCAGUGAGCUUGUAGGAAAUAGCACCAAAGAACAAUAG